AUGACCGGUUACGAUGAUCCAAACGGUCAAAUUCCACUCCCAACCGGCCAAAUCUCGGCGCAAGCUUAUCGUCGGACGAAUGCAGGCGCCGCCGGGAAGUUUAUGGAGAAUAAUGGGUUUGGAUGGCUUCUAGAGGUCAAUGAGGACGAGCAAGACCAAAUUCCACUACUCGAAGAGCUCGACAUCGACCUAACGGACAUUUACUACAAAAUUCGGUGUGUUCUCCUGCCGCUACCGUACUUCCGAAUGAAAUUGAACAUUGUGCGCGAGUCACCGGAUUUCUGGGGACCGCUGGCUGUGGUUUUGGCGUUUGCCAUACUGUCGCUUUAUGGACAAUUUGGGGUCGUCUCGUGGAUCAUCACAAUGUGGUUCUGUGGUGGAUUUAUGGUGUAUUUCAUCGCGCGGGCUCUGGGCGGAGACGUUGGAUACUCUCAAGUGCUCGGAAUCGUGGGAUACUGUCUGAUUCCGCUUGUCGUGACGUCGUUGGUGACUCCAUUGUUCAGCGGAUACCGUCUUCUAUCCAACGCGCUGGGCAUGUUUGGUACAGUAUGGUCCGUCUACUCGGCCGGAACCCUCUUGUGUGUCGACGAGCUCCAAGCGAAAAAACCGCUCGUCGUUUAUCCUGUUUUUCUGCUCUACGUCUAUUUUUACUCGCUUUAUUCGGGUGUUUAG